AUGCGUUCUGGAGACGGCACUUGCCGCUCGCUGGCUUGGAAAAGACGGAAACAUCAUGGACGAGUCACAGAUCCGAGGCCAUUUACUGAACAUGGAGAUUACAGAGGACGAGAACCUCUGUUUGCUGUUUUGGUGGACAGAUUUGCCCCCAACCUCUUUGGCAGCACCUCCCCUGUCUCCGUGGGUCCUGCCUGGACGAUGGUUCCUGUAGGCCGGUCAAUGCUGGUGAUGGCCAGGGGGAGUCGCUGGGCACGAGCCAAAUGGGAUGCCACGUUCCCUACACUGGGCCUGAAGGAACAGCCCCCCAUGCCCCAGGAUCUGAUGGAAGUCUCAGUAAGCAACCUCCCAUCCCUGUGGCAACCCAGUCCCCGGAAAUCCUCUUGUUCAUCCUGUUCACAGAGUGGCUCAGCUGAUGGCAGCUCAACCAAUGGUUGCAACCAUGAAAGGGCUCCCCUGAAACUUCUCUGUGACAACAUGAAGUACCAGAUCCUUUCCAGAGCCUUCUAUGGAUGGCUUGCCUACUGCAGACACUUGUCCACUGUGAGGACCCACUUGUCAGCCCUGGUCAAUCACAUGAUCGUGUCUCCAGACUUGCCCUGUGAUUCUGGACAGGGACUGACGGCCGGGAUCUGGGAGCAGUACCUUCAGGACAGCACAAGUUACGAACCGCAGGAGCUGCUGCGUCUCAUUUACUACGGAGGCAUCCAGCCAGAGAUCCGCAAGGCCGUGUGGCCCUUCCUCCUGGGCCACUACCAGUUCGGGAUGACAGAAACAGAAAGAAAGGAGGUGGAUGAGCAGAUUCAUGCCUGCUACGCACAGACCAUGGCCGAGUGGCUGGGCUGCGAAGCAAUCGUGCGACAGAGGGAGCGGGAGUCACAUGCUGCAGCUCUGGCCAAAUGCUCCUCGGGAGCCAGCCUAGACAGCCACCUGCACCGAAUGAUGCACAGAGACUCCACCAUCAGCAAUGAGUCCUCCCAGAGCUGCAGCUCGGGCCAGCAGAACAUCCGCCUGCACAGUGACUCCAGCAGCAGCACACAGGUGUUUGAGUCUGUUGAUGAGGUGGAGCAGGUGGAAACUGAAGGCAGGUUGGAAGGGAAACAGCCCAAGAUCCCGAAUGGGAACCUGGUGAACGGCACUUGUUCCCCAGACUCUGGGCAUCCCUCCUCCCAUAACUUCUCCUCGGGCCUCUCGGAGCACUCGGAGCCCAGUCUGAGCACAGAAGACAGUGUCCUGGAUGCCCAGCGGAAUAUCCCCCCAGUGCUGCAACCCAGGGACAGCAGCAUGGAUGACAGGCAGAGCAGUGAGGCCACCACUUCCCAGGACGAGGCUCGUGAGGAGCUGGCUGUGCAGGACAGCCUGGAGAGUGACCUCCUUGCCAACGAGAGCAUGGAUGAGUUCAUGUCCAUCACUGGCAGCAUGGACGUGGCCCUGCCUGAAAAGGAUGAUACUGUGAUGGAGAGCUGGCGGGGCAGCGAGGCAGAGAAACGUAGCCAGAUGGACAGUGAGGACAACCUCUCAGAGGAGCCUGAGAUGGAAAGCCUCUUCCCUGCGCUGGCUUCUCUGGUUGUGACCACUUCUGCCAACAAUGAGAUGUCCCCUGUGUCGUCCAGUGGUGUCACCUACUCUCCGGAGCUGCUGGACCUAUAUACAGUGAAUCUGCAUCGCAUCGAGAAGGAUGUGCAGAGGUGUGACCGCAACUACUGGUACUUCACCCCUGCCAACUUGGAGAAGCUGCGCAACAUCAUGUGCAGCUACGUCUGGCAGCACAUUGAGAUCGGCUAUGUCCAGGGCAUGUGUGACCUUCUGGCUCCACUGCUGGUCAUUCUGGAUGAUGAAGCCCUCGCCUUCAGCUGCUUCACAGAGCUCAUGAAGAGGAUGAACCAGAACUUACCCCAUGGAGGCGCCAUGGACACACACUUUGCAAACAUGAGGUCACUGAUCCAGGAGGCUGAUGCUGCCCUUUCCUUCUUCCAACAGAUCCUGGACUCAGAGCUAUUUGAGCUGAUGCAUCAGAAUGGGGACUACACUCACUUUUACUUCUGCUAUCGCUGGUUCCUGCUGGAUUUUAAGCGAGCUUCACUCACCUUCCAGAUGAGAAAAGAAAGAGGGAAAUAGAGAAGUAAUUAGCCCGAGGUCCCCUGGCUAGCGAGUACUGGAGGAAGGAUUCACAGGAGUUUACUGGACAUGGGAAGCCUUGCUUUUAACCCCUGCUGUGUUCUGUCUCUUUACUAGAAUCAGAGGCAGCACCAGCUCUGCCUAUGUGCUUGGGAGACAAGGUUUAGAGACACUUCCAUAGGUGCUAAUGGAGAUGGAGAUGUGGGUUAGGGGUGAACUCUG